AUGAAUACAUUAGGAGAUGAUGAUUUUUCGGAAAAGUAUGGUUUUUACAAAUAUCUCGCCUUGAUAUAUCCCUCGUUAGCUCUAUUGAUUGUAGAAAGUACUCCUACUUUUUUCAACAUUUUCGGACCAGUAUUAAGCAAACUGAUUUGGUGGAGUUUUUGUUUUUAUGAACCUGAUGGUUUCUUUGCUGUAUAUUAUAUUGUAAAAUAUUUUUCAAAAAAUCAACAGUUUUUUGUGUGGUAUCUGUUGGCAGCCACGUUAAGAAGAUUAUUCUUUUAUUACAAGUACCAUUUGAAAAACAAGUUAACGUAUCAAGAUGGAUAUGUCAAUGGUGCAAGAGAGAGUAUUAAUUUAAUUCAUGUCAAUGAUUUUCAAUUAUUAGAUUAUACACCUAGCCAACUCAGUCAGCGUUAUAAUAAGAUACAAUUGAGCUACAUUAAGAAGAAGGUGGCAGAUUUUGUAAAAACUCUCUCUAUUGUAAUUUCUAACUCGAAUAAUGAUCAGGAUGACUCUUUGAUUAAUGAAGAAAAUACCAAGACAAUAAGCAAUGGAAAGUGUUGCGUUUGUUUGGGAGAUGAAAAUUUGGAUAUUAUUUUCAACCCAUGUAGGCACAUGGCCAUGUGUCAAGAAUGCUUUGAACAUUUUUCCAACGAAUGCUAUGACAACAACAAGCCCCUAAAGUGUAGCUUGUGCAAUUCAAUAAUUUCCUCCAUUUCAUGCCAUAAGAAAAAGCGUUUUGUUGCCAAUUACGAGCCCAGUGAAACGUUUCAUUCGAGUGGGCAAAUGAAUGCACAAAAAGAGUUGUUAAAGCUUGGGGCUUAUGUCCAACAAAAUCCAAGCAUCAAGUCGAGAUUGCAGAAUCCACGGAUUUUUGAUGAAUGA